AUGAAAAGUUAUUUUCAUGUAAAGGAUCUCCGUCGGUCUGUUGUAAGCCGGCGAUUGAAAAACCUCCAGACAGAGCUUACAAACACGAAAAAGCAAUGGUUUGUUCCCGUUAGAGACCAUGAGUGCGUCACGUACAGAAGGGGUAGGCAGUGUAUGAAGCCGCUUAAUGAGGUCAGACAUAGGAAGCUUCUUGCACCCGGACAACAACGGCUAUCAGCUUUGGUAGGGAUUCUACUCAAUUUGAAAAAGAAAAGACUUAUUACAAAAAGAGGUAUCUUUUACAAAAAGAGAGUUAUUUUUGGUAAUCAAUCAAUUUCUGAUCGUUUAAUUGACGACCUUUGUUGUAUGAUUGGUACAACGAGGCGAUCUCUAGGAGUAAAAGCUACUCCAGAUGGCUUUGCGGCAGGAUCUUUAAUUAUCAGGGAAAAUGGUCAGCUAGUUAAUUUUGAACAACGUAAAUUUUCUGGAGUACCACUAUCGGCAUAUUUGCCAAAAUUUCAGGGUUUGAACUGGGAUCUUGCACAUAGGAAAUAUCUUUUUCGCCUGUUCCUGCAAUUAACUUUAGAAAUUGAACAAGUUCCAUGA